AUGGACCAUUCGACCCUCGUCUUCGCGUCCGUCUUCCCAGUCCUCUCCUUCUCACAUAGCACGCCGACGCCGGUUGCGACACCGGAUUUGGGUCACAUAGCGCCAGGUACCUCGUUUGGGAGUCCCUAUGCUCUGCGGAAUUCUGAGAGCCGGACGCCAGCGCAAGCACAGGGCCAGGGACAACACAGAGCAGUCAAGCGCAACAUAGCAUGGAGCUGCGCAACACGAUUCCUGAGUUUACCAAAAGACGUCAAUUGCGUUUUGAGAACACAAAAGAAUAGAGAAGUCGAAGAAGCGCUGAGCUUUUUGUUGAAUGGAGAGGGCAAGAGUGAUGAUGGGAAGGAAGAAACUCUGGUUGAAUGGUAUACAAAUGAGUGCAGGUUACACUUUGCGAACCACGUUCGGCCAGUGCUAGAAGAUCUAUGGAGGGACGAGGUUGAACUCGAGCGGUCGUGGGAUAUUCUUGAUGAAACCCAGCGCAUCCUCGAGCAAGUGCAGAACGCGUAUCUCCAACCUUUCACCGAGCACUUGCUGCCCCUUGUGCGGCAGAACGCCAGUAAUACGACCCUUCGGCCGAGCAGAUCUACACAGAUAGCUGACUCAGAUACUGCGAGUGUAGCCGAUUGGAAGUUCCGCCGGGAUGUACAAGCUGUCUUUGCACAUUGUCUGCCACUACAACGAUAUGGGAAAACGCUGAGCUAUGUUCUUUACGACGCAGGAUGCCGAUUGUUUCGCAUAUAUACCCGAAACGACGGUAUGCAGCCGAGUACCACACCCGAGAACACGCAAGAGUUCAGGAAGCGGAUGACCAUGCUGCUACAAAGCCUCGAGCGCGUUGGGCUUGGUGGUGAUAGUGCACAGAAGGCUUUCGCGCAUGCGAUGAAUAAGCUGUUUGACUCCUUCAUUACAAGCCACUACUUAAAGGUAGAUUGGUACUCCAAGAAGUCCAUCGUGCCGCAGUUAAGGUUGUGGAUUCAAGACGGCUUCUGUCCGCUUGUCGAACUGGUAUUGGAAUGUCUGCGGUGCGAGCAGAGCAAUAUCCAAACCACUGAACUGACCUCAUGGCAAGAGAUGGCGCUGGGUAGGUUGGGACGAGCAAGAGUCGACAACUUGUUCGAUUUUGUCAUCAACUGGGACAAGAGUCUGGGUGCCAUUCUGGACAUCAAAGAGUAUCUACGAGUUUCGAACGCAAAGCAGCAUCUUACUUCAAGCUUUUCCCAGCAAGUAUCGAGACGACUAUUACAUCCUGGGGCUACGACCACUUACAUACUGAACGUCUACAUAUUCAUCAUUCGAUCGUUCCACGAGCUAGAACCUAAGGGCGUACUCUUAGAGCGCGUAGCUAGACCGAUCAGGCGGUACCUAAAAGAGCGUGAAGAUACAGCACGAAUCAUCAUAUCAAGUCUACUUACUGAUCUCAGCGAUGAGACGGGCAGUAAGUUCUCAUCGAACAGCGAGCUCUCAUAUGAGAUUGCUAGUGAGAUGGGAAAGCCGUUCGCAAACUACGGACAGGAUACUGAUGAGGAGCUCAACUGGAAUGACAUGAACUGGCAGCCGCUUCCACAAGACGCAUCACCAGACUAUAAAAAGUCAAAGGUCGAGGAUGUGAUAUGGUUUUUGCUAACACUCUGGGAGCGAGAGGAUUUUAUCAAUGAGCUGAAGAACAUAUAUGGAGACCACUUGCUUAGAUGUCAAGACCCUGAGUAUGAGAAAGAAAUCCGACUUUUGGAGCUCAUCAAAGUGCGGCUAGGCGACGACAAGCUGCAGGCUUGCGAAGUCAUGCUGCGAGAUGUUUUAGAAUCAAAGCGUAUCAACGGUACCAUCCGCACGACAAUCAAUGUACCAACUGCAGCAUCACUUGUCACGCCAGAUCACCGUAGCAUAGAGCCUCGAACGCCAGAUGGCCAACACCCGCGGACACCUCAGCCCCGAAGGCCAACACGGUUAACUCGAAACAUCACUCCCUCUACCUCCAGUGCCGCAACACCCCCUGGUCCCACGCUCAACGCACAGAUUUUAUCAUCAUUCUUCUGGCCCCAGCUUCGCGACGACACAUUCCGCGUACCUGCGCAGAUUGAUGCAUUACAGAAGGAAUACGAGUCACGUUUCGAGCGUAUCAAAGGAAUGCGCAAACUGCGGUGGAUGAAUGCCUUGGGCGACGGCUCCAUAACCCUCACAUUUGACGACCGCACUGAGGACUUUGAUCAUCUCACACCCUGGCAAGUUAGUGUAAUUUAUGCCUUCCAACCUCAGCCCGACGAGGAAACAAAGCAUGCAGACAAAGGCGGCGAGGGUAUAACACGCAGCGUGUCUCAGCUAGAAGAGAUGCUGGAGAUGGACGAAAGCCUCGUACACCAAGCCCUCUCCUUCUGGGUGGGCAAAUCCGUCCUCCGCUUCCACGUCCCAUCCACAUAUUCUAUUAUCGAGUCCCUCCCUAAACCCACAUCUAAGACUGGUGCGCAUGAUGCCGACGCUGCAGCCGCAGCAGAAGAACUAGCUACAAUCCAAGCCAACGCUACAAACAACACCGUGAAGUCGCAAAGCGAGAUGCUAGAGGAGAAGAAGGAUGUCUAUACGGCUUUCAUAUUGGGGAUGCUAACAAAUCAGGGUAAUAUGAAUGUGGGCCGCAUAGCUAUGAUGAUGCGGAUGAUGGUUCAAGGCGGAUUCCCGUUUGGACCUGAAGAGGUGAAGAAGUUGUUGGGCGAAUUAGAAGUCGAUGGCAAGGUUGUUAGCAUGGGUGGCGAUGUCUGGAGCGUCAGGAAAUGA